AUGUCUUAUCAUCGUGAUGCUGAUCAUCCACUGGCAAAUGCCAUCUCUACUCCGAGUCUGAGUCAGCCCUCUUUCGAGUCAGGUUCGCUCCCUCAGACUGCCAGUCUUUCCCGCACUUCCGAGUCUUACCAUCAUGAUUAUGAUGACGCGACAUCGGUUCCAAAAUUGAAGGCGCAGUCUAGGCGUUCGGCAAGUCUGAAAGUGACUCGGGUUCAGGAUGCAGAAGUUAAUCCACUACGAGUAUCGCCGAGUCCCAGUCCUGCACUAGCGGUGAAGCGUGUCAUGAUCCGUAGGGAGAAGACGGGUACCGACUGGCAGUCAGUCUUCGAUGUUGUCAAGUACGGCGAAGAAAAACGAGCAGUCGUGGUUAUCAAGGAAAUGGGACAAGAACAGGUGAUUUGA